AUGACUGUUGGAGGGACGACUGUGGAAUACAAGGACACAAUGGAACACGACGUGGAACACAACGAGGAAUGCGAGGACGUAUUCUGCCUGACGCCCGGCAUCACCGCCCUCGAGUACCACCACCGCCGCUGCGCCCUCGCCAAAGAAAUCCCCCCAAACUCGGCCGCCAUAUUCGCUGCGAACGACCUGAAAUACGCUUCCGGCGCCGUCUUCUACAAAUUCCACCAGGAUCCCGAUUUCCUCUACCUAACCGGCUUCAAGGAACAAGAUGCGCUGGCCAUCAUCGAGAAACACGAGGGCGAGGAUUUCACCUUCCACCUCUACGUGCGGCCCAAGGACGCGCGCGUCGAAGCCUGGGAAGGCCCCCGCUCCGGCGUCGACGCCGCAACAGAUGUCUUCAAUGCCGACGUGAGCGGCAGCAUCGACGACCUCCCGCGCCUCCUCCCCGACAUAGUAAACCGCGCCCAGGCAAUCUACACCGACCUGCCCCAGUCCCGCGUCUCAAAGAACCUGUUAUCGCGCUACCUGUCCGGCGCAGAACCCUCGCGUACGGGCGGCAUCUACACCGUAUUUCGCGAUGCGCCUGCCUCUAUUCGGCCCCUCCGGCCCCUCGUCAACGAGCUCCGUCUGAUCAAAUCAGAAGCCGAGAUCAACAACAUGAGGCACGCGGGUCAGCACUCUGGCCGCGCCAUCACAGAUGCGAUGCGACAGUCGUUUACCCGGGAAAAAGACCUAGAUUCCUUCCUGGACUACUGGUUCAAGCAGGAUGAUUGUGAUGGCCCGGCCUAUGUCCCCGUCGUUGCGGGCGGCAUCAACGCAAACACCAUACACUACGUCUCCAACGACAUGCGCCUGAACCCCAACGAACUCGUUCUCGUGGAUGCGGGAGCGCAGUAUGGUGGCUACGUCACAGACAUAACGCGUACAUGGCCUGUCUCAGGCAAGUUCUCGCCAGCCCAACGCGAUCUCUACAGCUUGUUGCUUGCCGUCCAACGCUCGUGCAUCUCCCUCUGCCGCACAGACUCGCACUUUACCCUAGAUAAACUCCACCACACAGCUUCCAACUCGCUCGCUAGUGGGCUCAAAGAUCUAGGCUUCGAUAUGACGAGCAACCCUACAGAUGCUAUACAAACUCUUUUCCCCCACCACGUCGGUCAUUAUGUAGGCCUGGAUGUACACGACAGCCCUGGUCUGAGUCGCAGCAGGAAAUUCGAAAAGGGCAUGUGUGUUACGGUUGAGCCGGGGAUUUAUGUGCCGGAUGAUGAGCACUGGCCCAAGUGGGCGAGGGGGAUGGGCAUGCGGAUUGAGGAUAGUGUUUGUGUGGAUGAGGAGAGUCCGUUUGUGCUUACGACGGAGGCGGUGAAGGAGGUUGUUGAUAUUGAGGCGUUGAAAGAGUGA